CGUUAAAAAAUUAUCGUUUCACUUCAACUUAGAAAUGUUACCGGGAGCACAUGGAAUAGUGAAUGGCGGCGUAUCUGUGGGAGUUAAGGGAUGCUGGGAAGGGAGCAUUAUUGAUCGUGCGAAAAUGGGAUGGACGUAUCCAUUCGCGCCGAGCACCCAGUCCGCGGACGUGGGACCGUCGUCUCAACCUCAAAAACACGCAUUUAGGCCUUAAACGUUAGUUUAAUAAACCGAAAUACCACAAAACGGUUCCCGCUGGAGCGUUCGCGACUCAAAAACCAAAUGCUAACACCGCGCGCGUUUGAAAAACCCAAAAAACCGAAACACCAACUACAAAACCAGCAUGACCAGUGAUUUCAACUAUCUUCGACCAAAAAUCUCGUCAAUACGCUUAAAUAUCAAUAAUUAGGCACCGAUGGCUUGCAUAGUGAUAAAAAAUCAUGUGUUUUAAGUGCCGUGUGUUGUAAGGAACGGACGAUAAAGUGACAUGGCUGAAAUAUUCUCGCCUGGAUAAGUGAGAAAUGUGUUCAAGCAAAAUGUGUGGGAUAAAUUCCUUUUCUAAACGUAAAUUCUGUUUAAAAUGGUGCUGGAGGAAGCGUUGGCCUAGGCUGGCGCCGCGUGAACGUUCCUUAUAAAACUAGUUUACUUAUAAUUAAAAAUUAACCUCAAGAUGAAUUCAUUUAAUGCCCCGACGACCCAAAUAAACGCAAUAGACAAAAUGACAACAGUUAAAUCGAAAUCGGUGGACCUGGAGGGAUAUGUUAUCAUUGUGGCCCAGACCAAGGAUAACAAAGUCAAGUUGUAUGGCUCCCCGUCCGCCGGCAACAUGGACAACCUCGAGCUCGCCGACGAAAUCAUGGACGUGAACGAGACGCGGCUGGACGAGAUGAACCACACGGAGGUCAUCGGACACAUCCAUGAGUGCAUCUCGUCCUGUCUCAUCAAACUCCGAGUUAAGCGACGUAGCGAAACGAAACUAUUAUCGGACAUCGGACUCAGCAACAUCCAGGAUGCGUUCCUCAUCGCGGUCGAGGAGCAGGCGGCGCAGCGCCUGCAGAGGCUGUCGGCCCUCAAGCGGAUCACCCCGGUGGACAUGUCCAAGCUGUCUGUAGAGUUGAAUCGCCGAAAACGAACGCAGCCCGAGAACCGGCAAGAGUUGAACGGCUACAUAGGCAACUCCACCGUCUACGUCACCUCCAUCAACGAGGACGGAGCCAUCGAGACCAAACCCACCAUCUCAUCCCCCAAGUCACUCCCCAGAUCCCUCCAGGCCAAACCCACCCCCAUCAUAGCCAACGGAAUAGACAAAAAAGAACCUAUCAAAGAAGUUGUCGAAGUUAAAGUGGAACCGGAGAAACAUGAGAAGGACAUUAGUGAGAAAAGUUUGAAAAUUAAAGUGGAUAGUGUUGAUAGUGAGGUGAAUAGUGAGAAGGAUCUUUACAGUGUUGCCAGGGAGCACCUCAGUAACGGCAGGUGCGAGAAGCUGAUUGGGGAGCCUGAUUAUAAGAUCAGGGCGUCGGCUGUUGUGGAGAAUAAUAAGCUUGGACCAGGGGAGAAAGGACCGCGGCGCCGCUCGGGCUCGAGCAUCGUGGUGCUGGGCGCCGAGGACGAGAAGCGACCGCCGCCGGAUGACGACAAAGACAUGCUUACUAUGCUGUCCCUCUCCGCAGACACCGGUCCUCACCGCGAGAUGGCGGUGGACGUUCCGGACAGCUUCAUCGCGCGCAACAAGACGCCGCCCCGCUACCCGCCGCCCCGCCCGCCGCAGGUACGCCUGCGCCCCUCCAGGGACGACGAGACCCUCCUGCUGUCCUCGGGCUCCGGAACCAGCUUCGGUAGCAAGCACUCCGUCCUACAGAGCGCCGUCGACUCCGGACCUAGCUCCCACGGAUCCAGCUACAAAAACAACAGCACCAUGGAACUGUUAUCAGGACCACAGAGCUCAGAGGGAUCCGGAACUAGCUUUGGAAGCAAAAAAUCAAAAGGCUCAUCAGAAACGGCCAAAUGCGACUUGCUAUCCGACAGAGGAUCAGUCGCAUCGAACACUACACACACUUUAAGCGACCACAAGAUCCAACUUCUCAUUUCUAAUGGCGACGAUUCUUUGCUAGAUUGUAGAGAAGGCGUGUCAUACUCGGCGCGGACGGAUUCUGUGCUCAUACGAGAAGCGGUCUACGCGUCUUACAAUCUCCCUCCUGGCUUCGACACAACGCCAGUACUUCUCGGGAGGGAGGUGGCGGUGGAUGUCCCGGAUUCGUUUGUCCAGAUUGUGAAAACCACCCCGAAAUAUCCGGGUACCGUGGACAGACAGAGCUUGCAGCAGGUGAACGGCACCGCGAAGACAGCCGCCCCCGCCAUCCCCCCGCGCGAGGCGCCCCGCGACGCACCCCCGCGGCCGCCCGCACACGAUGUCACUAAAGAGCAGAUGGAGUCUAUCAAGAAAUAUCAGGAACAGCUUCGACAACGCAAAGAGGCGGAGGAACGCGCGGCGGCCCAGAACGAGUUCCUACGCACCUCGCUCCGCGGGUCCAACAAGCUCCAGGCCUUGGAGUCCACGCCCACCGGUGGGACAGCAUUCGUCAACGAUGCCUACGACCCGUACGAUGACGAGCUGGAUGGCGAGACGACGCUCUACAAUAUUGUCGAUUACCAAGAAGUAUCAUCAGCUCUCACUCGCAUCCAGAAGGCGCUCGGGGCAGCCGGGGAGUCGGCGCUGGCGGCGCGGGUGGCGGGCGCGGCCAGCGCUCUGCUGUGCCCCGAGCUGCGUACUGCGUUAGGCACGAGGACCGCUGUGCUGACGGCAGCGAGGCAUGAGCGGCCUGGGCUAUCGCCGCCGGUUACACAUAGGGCCACGGAGCGGCUAAAAGAAUGUAUGGACGUAGUAGGCGCUCAUACAACUACCGGCGGAGUGGCGGCGGCGCUCUGUGCCGAACUUCUAGCUGCAUUGGGAGGUCUAGAGCUAGAGUCGCUUCUACAAGCACAUGACCAAGCUGCAGCGCUGCUGGACCCCACUAGCUUCACGAGGAAGAGAAAUAAGACUGGCAACAAUCUAAAUCACAAAGACGACAAAGCUUUAACUGCGCCCGACGACCCCGGCGAGCACAUCAAAAUCAUCAAAAUAGAAAAGACUAAUGAACCACUUGGUGCUACAGUGAGAAAUGAAGGAGAGGCGGUUAUUAUCGGUAGGAUAGUGCGCGGCGGCGCGGCCGAGAAGUCAGGGUUAUUGCACGAGGGAGACGAGCUUCUAGAAGUAAACGGCGUGGCCAUGCGCGGCAAGUCGGUGCACGAGGUGUGCAGCGUGCUGGGCGCGCUGUCGGGCACGCUGGCCAUGGUGGUGGCGGCGCGGGCCGGCGCGCACGUGCGGCCCGCCGCGCCGCGCGUGCUGCACGUGCGCGCGCACUUCGACUACGACCCCGAGGACGACGUCUACAUACCGUGCCGGGAGCUAGGUAUCAGCUUCCAAAAGGGCGACGUUCUGCACGUGAUCAGCAGAGAGGACCCGAACUGGUGGCAGGCGUUCCGAGAGGGCGAGGAGGACCAGACCCUCGCCGGACUUAUCCCUAGCCAGGCCUUUCAACACCAACGGGAGUCCAUGAAGCUGACGCUGGCCGGCGAAGUGGCGGCCCGGGACAAGCCGCGGAAGGGCGGCACGCUGCUCUGCGCCAAGAAACCGCCGCGCAAGAAGAAAGGCAAGAAGGCCACCAGCGAGGCCGGGUACCCGCUCUACUCCACCUCCACCGGCGAAGGUGAGGAUUACGAACAAGAAGAGAUCCUAACAUAUGAAGAAGUAGCGUUAUACUACCCGCGCGCGUCACACAAGAGGCCAAUAGUGCUAAUCGGGCCUCCAAACAUCGGCCGGCACGAACUCAGACAGAGACUGAUGGAAGACAGCGAGAGAUUCGCAGCUGCCGUACCACACACGUCACGGCCCCGGAAAGACCACGAGGUGCCGGGACAGGACUACCACUUCAUCUCGCGCACGCAGUUCGAGGCCGACAUACUGAACAGGAAGUUCGUCGAGCACGGGGAGUACGAGAAGGCUUAUUAUGGCACAUCCCUAGAAGCGAUCCGCGAAGUAGUCAACUCCGGGAAGAUCUGCGUGUUGAACCUGCACCCGCAGUCGCUCAAGAUCCUGCGGACGUCGGACCUGAAGCCCUACACGGUGUUCGUGGCGCCGCCCAGCUUGGAGAAGCUGAGGCAGAAGAAGAUUAGGAAUGGGGAGGCGUUUAAGGAGGAGGAGCUGAAAGAGAUAAUAGCGACAGCGCGCGACAUGGAGCUCCGCUGGGGCCACCUGUUCGACAUGAUCAUCAUCAACAACGACACGCAGCGCGCCUACCAGCAGCUGCUCAACGAGAUCAACAGCCUGGAGCGCGAGCCGCAGUGGGUGCCGGCGCACUGGCUCAAGCACACCUAGCGC